UUUUUUUCGGAAACACCCGUCUAAUUUCCCACGCCUAAAUUUGAUAAUUGCCUGCUUUUUUGACUAAUCAAGUGUUGCCAACUCCCCUUUUUUUGUGUGUUUUUUUCCGCUUUUUUGGCAACACUAAUAAUUACUUUUCCGCACAUCUAUUAUUACUAUCACUGUAUUUCGCAAUUUACUUCGCCAUUAAAAACAUCAGACCGCUGCCAGGACGAUACACGAGUACAAAACCCCACAAAUCAUAAAACAUACUGUCCAAACGAAAACAAAAACGACCCCAUUCAAAAUGCAAAACCAAAACGUCAUUGAACUGCUUGAAGAUGCCAAACGAUCUGUGGUCAUACAGCUGGAAGGGAAUGUCGAGCACAUCAGUGUUUCGACUUUCAUGGAGUUGUUCAGCCCGGGCGGCCCACUGGAGCCUCUGGUAGACGAUGUUGAAGGCGUGAUAACAGAAUCCUUUAAGGAUGUCGCCUUCUUGGUCACCCUAAAAGAAGAUAGCAGCCACAAAAUAAAAAAAAUCGUCGAAUUUUUCCAAGAAAAAACUGAAAAAUUCACAUCUGAAAACGGAAAUAUAAUGACAGUAACAGCACAUCUCCCCACCCCACCCCUGGAAGUAGUAACACUACACCCAGUCCCAUGUUUCGUGGAGGAAAGCAAAAUAAAAAAAUUGGUAGAACAAAACAAAUGGGGCAUAGUAAACAACAUGAGUUUUGGAUUCCAUAGAAAUUUCAAAGACAUUAAAAACGGAUGGUUAAACCUCUACUUCGAGAAUCUGAAUGUAAACAACCUCCCAAAGGUUGCAAAAAUAUGUGGGAAAUGGGCGACGGUAACCCGGCCCGGCGAGUCACAUCUGCCCCUAUGCCGGUUUUGUAAGGAAAGAGGGCAUGUCCAAACCCGCUGUCCAAAAAAGGUUUCUGCACCUACUGCAAAAUCGAGGGCCACAUAACCAAAAACUGCAGAUCGAAACCAGCAAUCCCAGAAAAUAAAAAGGCACAACCAUGGAUUAAAAUACCAACAAGAACAACCAAAAGCCAACCAAAAGCCCAACCCAAACCAAUACAAUCAACAAACAAAUUUUCAAUUCUUCAAAUAGAGCCAGAGCUGAACAGCAUGGACCAUUUUCCAAGUUUAGAAGAGACAACAAGCCCAAAAGAAAAAGAAAUGGAAAAUAAGGAAGAACAACAAACCCCCCGCAAACAAAGAACACCAAAAUCAAAAAAAAGAUCGAAAGAAACAACCGGAAUAACAUCCAGCACACCAGUCAAAACCCCCAAACCCCAAAUUGAACCGGAACAAUCAAUCAUAAAGGACAAAAACAAUACACCAUCACCCGCAAGCGAAGAAAAUGAAAACUCCCCCUCCAGUCAAUCCGAAACAACUGGAUCCACACAAUCCGAUGAAGAAAAUGUGGAAAGGAACAUAAAAAUUAUAGAGACAUACCACCAAAACUUAACAAAUAUACCGACGC